AUGAACCCGUGUGCUGGACCCGCUCCAGGACCUCCAUGUCUCGGUCACUGGGGAGCCCAGAACUGGACACAGCACUCCAGGCAGAGCCUCAGCAGGACGGAGCAGGAUCACUUCCCUCGACCUGCUGGCAAUGCUCUUCCUAAUGCAGCUCGGGAUACCACUAGCCUUCUUGGCCACAAGCGCACUGCUGCAAGAUCAUCAGGCCCCCCAGGUCCUUCUCCAGAGAGCUGCUCUCCAGCAGAGCACCCGCGGCUUCUCCCGGUGGGGCUAUUCCUCCCCGCGUGCAGGACCUUGCAUUUGCCAUUGCUGAAUUUCAGACUCUUCUCUGCCCAUCCCUCCAGCCGGUCGAGGUCUCUCUCAAGGUCCACAAAACCCUCUGAGGUCUCGGCCCCUCCUCCCGGUUUUGUGCCAUCGGUGACCUUUCCGAGCAUAUCCUUUUCCUCUCCGUCAGCUCUGCGGGCGGCCGCGCUCGCGGCGCUGUUGCGGAGCAACCCCGCGCGUCCGGGGCCGGGCCGGGCGGCAGGAGCGGCGGGCCAGGAGCGGCGGGCCGGGAGCGGCGGGCCGGGAGCGGCGGGCCGGGAGCGGCGGGCCGGGAGCGGCGGGCCUGGCGCUGCCGUCCCGCGGCUCUGGGAGCUGCUGCCGGGAGGGAGCCGGAGCGGGGCUGCUCUCCGAGACAAGAUUUGGAUGGAGUCUCAGUAUCUGAAGCAAUGCCUGGGAAAUUGCUUGAAGAAGGGACUGGCAGAGGUUGUAGAGCAUCGGCCAGCAGAUCCGAUAGAGUAUCUUGCACACUGGAUUUACAAUUACAGAAGAAACUUAGAUGAAGAAAAAAAGAGAAUACUGGAGAGAGCUGAGCUGGAACAAGAACGGGUGGCAGCCAUAGCAGAACUUGAAAGGUUAAAAAUCCAGGAAGAGCAGCGGAAACUUGAAGAGCAACGUCAGGCUCAGUUGGAGAAAGAACGUGCAGAGUUGGAAGCACAGAAAAAAGAAGCUGAAAUGCAGUUGCAGCAGGAAGACCAAGAGGAAAAUGAAAAAACAGUAGCUGAAGUUACAGAUAGACCUGAGGAGCCAGAUGAGAGUGAACCAGGUCAAACAGACCUCCCAACAGUAAUAGAAGAAGAAGAAGAGGAAGAAGAGGAAGAAGAAGAAGAAAAAGAAAAUUAGAACUGACCUGAGAGCAGUAAAUAUAUUUUCUACUUAUUACUUGCUAUCCUGAAGUGUAGUAUCUUGAUUUAUGUAUUUUAUAAAUAUAACUGAUUUACAUAACUGUUUCUCUGGUGUCUGUUUUCAAGGUGUUUGUAUAAAGUCUGUUAUUUCUGAUACCGAUUCUUCCCUUUUGUUCUUAAAGCAUUGUAGCUAGCAUGGCUGACUUACAGGAAGAAAACUGCAGCUGAAGUGAAAGCAGCAGAUAUAUUUUCUACUUAUUGCUUAUUGAGGUAGCCAUAAUAAAUAAAAAUAUAACUAAAGUGUCAAUAUGAUUUCAGGAUAGAUGCUACAAUAUGAUAAUUUGAAUCAAUAUUAAAAGAAUAAAAUACUACUGAAAAUUAUUUUCCAAGAAUUUGGAUGGUUUCUGACAGAAAAAGGGAAUGCUCUGCAGAUUAAAAGAUGGAGAGAAUGGACUUCAAACUUGGUGCAAAAAUCCAAUCAGAUUUCCCAAAUGUAUUUGAAAGAGGUAAAUUCAACUCUGACUUAGAAUACACUAGAAGAUCUUGUCUCCUAGAAGUCAUGAGGUGAUCUAGGCUUUGUUAUUGGAUAAGUAUAUUUAUUAUUAUAUUUAUUAUUAGAACCUUUAUUGGGUAUUGUGUGGUACUAGGUAAGCUGCAAGUGUCUGCAUGUUAGUCUUGAUUAGUCAAGUUUUUAAGACUUUUCUGCAUUUUUCUUGAAUUUGUAAAUCAAGAAAUUAAAUGUGUUCUCUACUAAAUACCAUUAUUAUUUCUAAAAUUUCACUUGUAAAAAUUUAGAAGAAUAUUUAUCUUGAUCCAUGGUUACCUAUAAAAAUAAGUUUUAUAAUCCUUAAAGAUUGCAUUUUUACAAGAACAGAUGUUUGUAAUCACUGGUAUCUUGGUAUAGGUUGUCAAGAAUGUUCUGUGUCUCUUCGUUAUAAAUGGAAAAAACAUCAGCAUUAAGAAAUCCUUCUGUUCUUCAAUAAAAUGUGCCUUUGCAUCUCUGUCUUCUACUACAGGUUAGAUGGUCAUGAAAAUAUCUUUCAUUACAAAAUCAGUGCAUAGUUAAUGCAUUCACUGCAUUUUUCAGUCUUGGGAUGAAAGAGAUUUUUCUGACAAUUUCACUUCAAUUUUUGAAUAGUAUCCGUGAGUCUAAGGGGUUUGCUAUCCUUGGCAAACUGUUAAAACUAUCUAUGCACCCAACUGAUAAGGAUCAAUCACAUAAUAAAUGUUUUCCUGCUCUGAAUAACUAGUUUUGAUCAUGUAGAUCAGACUAAGAAUAAUCUUACAAAAAUUUAAAAAACAUGAGCACUAUUGAUUUUUCUAUAUAGUAAUAUAUUAUUUUUUCCCUUAAUGAUAAAGUACCUCUAUUAAAAAAUCCUCUGCCCAUCUUUUUGCUACACUGCUUUUUGAAUGCUGUUAAUAGCCAAGGAUGCUUAUAUUAGCAUCCUUAAAGUCAUUUACCAGGUAUAAAUACUUAGAAAUGUUAGUGUAACUUUUGCAGUCAUGAAAAGUGGAACUAUUUUUUGUGUCUAAGUGGUCAGGCUUUGCUGUCUACAAUAAUUCUGAUUGGUUUGCAGUUUCUAUGAUAGUCAAAACCUUUCCUGUGGCAUGAAUACACCCUUGUGGUUGAUGUUCCAGUGAACAGAUUUUGACACAGUUUACAAUUAUAUUUGUUAGUAACAGUUACAAUAGAAUCAUUCAAGGACACACUUUGAUACCACAGUUCAAAUGACACCUGUUAACACUGCAUACGUAGCAGCUUCUUGUGCCAGUCUCAAAGGGAUGGAGAAAUGGAUAAACAGAUGGAGUUUGUCUUUUAAACCAAUAUUUAUAACUGAUUCUUAAUAUCUAGAUUAACACUUUCAAAAAUUAGUAAUUCAUGUU